AUGGAUACUGGGGAAAGGGAGAGGGGGCGGGAGAAGGACGAGAAAGUGGACGAAGCGGUUGUUUCGUCUUCGCGGUCUCUGCAAUCUGCCGUGGAGGCCUUUGAACGCACCGUCACGCGCCUCGCGUGUCUGAGGGAAGGAGAGAACGGCGAGACACAACAUGCAAAGAGGACUGAAGAAUCUGAAGACAACAUCGAGGCUGUGGGCAAGGCGGGUCUCAACAAGCGACACAGGGAGAUCUCGGCCGCCCUGACGAUCGGCGCGGUGUCUGCCGCCGCAGCCGCGGCGACAGCCGCCAGCCAGACGGAGCGCGAACUUCCGCAGCAGAUUUGGAGGCCGCACAGGACGCGAGUUCCCCGGAAGAGAACGGACAGGAAGUGGGAAAGGCUGAACUCGACGGUGCACGGAGGGCUUCCGUUCGGGCGACAUCCAGGGGGACAGCUCGGCGAGAAAAGCGAUUUGGACUGUUUUGUCUGCAGUGGCGGGGACCGGAAACCUGCGCAGAAGGCGAUUUUGAAACAGGAUGACUGUCACACGGAGGAGGAGAAACUCAGCGCUCAUCUCGCGUACCGCGAGAAGACGCCGGCUGAUUUUGCGUUGAUUCGCGACAGUUUGAAGGCGAACCUCGUGUGCUCUUCUCUGAACGAAGGAGAAAUCGACGCACUGGCGGUCGCCAUGCAGUUCUUCACCUUCAAGAAAGGCGAUGUGGUGACCCGACAGGGCGAACCCGGGAGUUAUUUCUUCAUCAUUCACAGCGGGACGUUCGAUGUGCUGGUGAACGAGAAGCGCGUGAACGCGAUGGACAAGGGAAAAGCUUUCGGAGAAAUCGCACUGAUCCACAACACUGAGAGAUCUGCGACGGUCGUCGCAAGCUCCACUGAAGGCGCCCUGUGGGGUGUCCAGCGUCACACUUUCAGAGAAACGCUGAAGCAGCUGAGCAGCCGCAACUUUGCGGAGAAUCGUCAGUUCCUGGCAUCCGUGAAGUUCUUCGAGAUGCUCACCGAGGCGCAGAAAAAUGUUAUCACGAACGCGCUGGUCGUCGAGAACUUCAAACCCGGACAGCCCAUCGUAAAAGAGGGCGACGCCGGGGACGUGCUGUACAUCCUCAAGAGCGGCAAAGCGAAAGUCUCCAUCGGCGGCAAGGAAAUCCGCAUUCUGAGGAAAGGCGACUAUUUUGGAGAACGUGCACUGCUGUACAAGGAGCCUCGCAGCGCCACGAUCACCGCGGAAGAGUUCACGGUCUGUGUCUCGAUUGGCCGAGAACUCCUCGACCGGGUGCUCGGAAACCUCCAGCACGUCCUCUUCAGAAACAUCAUGGUUGAGGCGCUCCAGCAAAGCAAAGUCUACGAGUUGUUCCAGGGAGAUCAGCUGAGCAAACUGAUCGAGGCCGCCGUCGUCAAGGACUACGCCGCAGACUACGUGAUUCUCGACAAGGAAAACAAGACCAAGGGGAUUCGCUUCUUCUUUGUUCUCGAAGGAGAGCUAUCUGUGUAUGCCUACGUGCAAAAUUCGACGACGAAAGAGGAAGAGCGGAAACUGACGGCGACGCUGAAACGCGGCCAAGCAUUUGGGGAAGAAUACGUCCUCAAUCCAACUCGACCUUUUAACCAUUACGUCAAAAGCGUCGGUCCUUGCAAGCUUGCCUUGUUUACGUCGUCUGUGCUGACGGCGACUCUGGGAGGAGAAGACAUCGACGAGACGCUCGACUUCAACAACAAACGCACGAUUAUUCGAAAGAUGUACAUUUUCAGAUAUUUGUCGGACCAUCAGAUGACCAUGCUUAUCAAAGCCUUCAAGACUGUCCGAUACAUGUCAGGAGAGUACAUCAUCAAGGAGGGCGAGCGCGGCACGCGGUUCUUCAUCAUUAAAGCGGGCGAAGUCGCGAUUUUGAAGAACAGCAAGCGGCUGAGAACGCUGGGCCGGCAUGACUAUUUCGGAGAGAGAGCGUUGCUCUACGACGAGCCUCGGACGGCGUCUGUGUGCGCCAAUUCGGCGGGCGUAGAUCUCUGGGUUGUCGACAAGUCGGUCUUCAACGAGAUCAUCAAGGGCCCUAUGCUUGCUCACUUGGAAGAGAGAAUUCGAAUGCAAGAUACCAAGGUCGAGUUCCAGGACUUGCAAGUUGUCAGAGUUGUCGGCAGGGGAACCUUCGGCACGGUCAAGCUGGUUCGCCAUGUACCCACAAACAUUCGAUACGCGCUCAAGUGUGUGUCGAGGAGGAGCGUCAUUGCUCUCAGUCAGCAGCAACACAUUCGUCUUGAGAGAGAAAUUAUGGCCGAAAAUGAUCAUCCUUUCAUCAUUCGGCUAGUGAGAACGUUCCGGGACAAGGAGUUCCUCUACUUCCUCACGGAACUUGUAACAGGAGGCGAGCUGUACGAUGCAAUCCGGAAGCUAGGCCUUUUGGCACGGCCCCAGGCGCAGUUCUACCUCGCCUCCAUUGUCCUCGCUAUCGAGUACCUCCAUGAGCGAAACAUCGCUUACCGGGACUUGAAACCGGAAAACAUUCUCCUCGACAAUCAAGGCUACGUGAAGCUCAUCGACUUCGGCUGUGCAAAAAAAAUGCAAGGCCGCGCGUACACCCUCGUCGGCACGCCCCACUACAUGGCGCCUGAAGUCAUUCUUGGCAAGGGCUACACGCUGACAGCAGACACGUGGGCGUUUGGAGUUUGCCUCUACGAGUUCAUGUGCGGUCCCCUCCCGUUUGGAAAUGAUGCAGAAGAUCAACUUGAAAUCUUCAGAGACAUUCUCACAGGAAAGCUCGUUUUCCCGCAUUACGUCACCGACCAGGAUGCGAUUAACUUGAUGAAGAGACUGCUUUGUCGUCUUCCGGAGGUUCGAAUCGGAUGCUCCAUCAACGGCUACAAAGACAUCAAGGAACACGCGUUUUUCGGUGAUUUCGACUGGGACAAGCUCGCGGGUCGCGGAUUGGCGCCGCCGCUCGCUCCGAAAGGCGAAACCUACGCAGAAGAUACCGAACAAUCCUCUUUCGAGUUGGACGAGGACGACUCGAUUGUCCUAGAAGAUGAAUAUGACUGGGACAAGGAUUUCUGA